AUGAGGCAACCCGGUCCAAAUGGAGGUUUUAGGCGCCGACCUGGGAAACCUCCACCUCUGCAUGCAGCUUGGCGUUUUAGACGUCUUGGACGUCUUGCUCAGUGGUGGCCGCUCGCUUUGUGUGUUGCAGUCACCUACACGAAGCCAGACAUCCCUGGUGUGAAUUUUUUGGGACCUCAGAGUCUCCAGAGGAGUCUCCAGAGAUCAGUCUCUUGCGCUGCGGGUGAGAGCGGUCCCGGACCCCAGCGGCCAUUUGAAGAGCCGACCGUUGAGGCAAAACCCUGGGAUGCCACGAAGGUGGUUUUGUCUACAUCCUUUGUUUGCCUUCUCCUUGCACUGGGAGUCUCAGGUUACAUUUCGGUGAGUUCUCCGAUGCUUUCCAGUGAAACAGUGACUUAUGCUGCCUGGUACUCCAAGGUGGCUGACAGAGUCAGAGCACUUGUUGCAGAAAAGUCUUCGCGUAAGGUUGGUCCGGCAUCUGCCUCUGUAGCCAAGAGGAUUCGCAACAUGAGCUAUUUGCUGGACGUCACACAGGAGGACAUCUACACCGAGUUUUGGGAGAGCCUUUCCUCAGAUGUCAUGAUUUUCCAAGCCUACGAGAAGCUGCUGGAGCUCUUUAUGCAAGGAACAUAUCCCGACCCAACUCCACAGCAGGAACAAAUCGUUUCUGCAUUGCGUUUUGAGUUGAGACAAUUCCACCAAGCAUUGACCGACUUCCAUGCAUGUGUAAACAAUAAAAACAUCAGAGGAACUGAGAAAGCCUUUGCAGAAAUGUCAGUGGCCUACGAUCGGUAUCUGAAAGCUGCCGCACUCUACGAGGGCUAUGAUCCCAUGACAAGCACGGAGGUCUUAUACAAAGACGUCACAGACGCGCAACUGGUCUAUACACCCUCUGCUGUACAAAAGCCUGCAGUUCGAGAUGAAGUGCUAGUGAUCCGAGGUCCUGACAAGGGGAAGAUGGGUCGAGUGAUUUGGUUGUACGGCCAGCUUACGGCCACAGUGAAGCUGGAACCCAACCCCCUGCUGGGUGGUUCCGAAGUCAGGAGUUUUCGAGAAGUCAAGUCUUUUCCACAGAGUUGGAUUGCUUUGACACGUACUACGGAGCAGAACCGAGUGCUGGAUUUGAUCAUGGCCGGACUUGCAACUUUUUUCACAUGCUGCUUGACCUAUCCCUUGGAAACCAUCAAGGCAAGAGUGCAAGCAGGCCAGAAGGUGUUUCAGGAAAAGGACAUUGCUCAGACUAUUAGUGGCCUUUACAGUGGCUUGCUGAGCACACUGGCCAGGGAGAUUCCAGCCAAAAGUCUGUACAUUUCUGGUUUCAAUAGCAUUACACGCUUUUUCUGCCUCUUGCCUUUCAUAGAUGCAAACAAUCCCGACCUCAAGCUGUUGGUGAUGAUACCAGCAGGUGCUUUGGCUUACUUUCCAGGAACCUUUCUGAGGGCUCCCUUUGAAUUGCUGAGCCGGCAGAUGCAGACCGGAAUUUUUGAGACGGAAGAGGAAGCAGUGAAGACGCUGUUGUCUGACCGGGAGAUGCUGCAGCAAAACUUGGUGCGCUCCUGGGGCUUGGUCCUCCUCCGAGGCCUGCCUUUUGGCGCGCUGCAGUAUUCCUUAUAUGAUUUUCUGCAUGAGAAUCUGGAGUUGGUCCAAUAUGGCCUACCCCUCAGCUUGCAACCAGUGGUUUGGGGCGCUGCUUCUGGUGCUAUCACUGGGUUGCUGACCAAUCCUCCCGAUCUCAUCCUCUCCGUCCUCCUGACAGACCAAGACCGCCAUCAUCAGGACGAACACAAUGGGGAGGAGAGUGAGGAGAAUAUCCUGGCGGCUUUUGUGCGUACUUCACAAUCAAUUUACCAAACUGAAGGGGUCGCAGGGUUCUUCCAGGGCGGAGCUGCUAGAGCACUGCAAAUCGGGAUGGAGUCCUGUGUCUUCUUCACGAUCCUUGUGUUGGGCAAGCCUACCUCGGAAUGUCCUGAGCAUCAAGCGGGCGGCAAGCCAGGAGUGCGUGAGCCUCACUUUGUCACAGAAGACUAUGGCCCUGCAACAUGUGACGCCAAGGCUGUUGAAGAACACCAGCGUUGGCUUCGAGAACAGCUUCCCAUCCGUUUCGCGCGGCGGAUUGAGGACAUCCUGCAGCUUCCGCAUGUGGCAGUGGUGAAUCCGCAGAUCAACAGCAUCCUGUCCACCUACCUGGAAACUUUCGAGGUGAUUCAUUCCAGCCCACCCAUCGAAACCCACGACGACGAGAAGGCUUUCCUGCGCAUUGUUCAAGAUCAGCUGGUGAAGCAUCAUCCAGGCACAAGGCUCCUGGCUGAAGGCUAUCGGGACGUGCGGCGCUUGUAUCCGGAAAUUCACCUGGAUGACUUCUUGCAUGACCAUUUCAUCACGCGGAUUGCAACGCGAAUUCUCAUGGACAACUAUGUGGAGAUGCGAGUGCCCAAAGAUGGCUUCGUGGGAGUGGUGUGCCAAGAUAUGAGGCCGCUCAAAAUCGUCCAGGAAAUAGCUGGUGAGCUUCGGUCCUUGACCCAUGCGCUCUAUGGCUGUGCUCCGGAAGUGGAAUAUCGCGGAAACCCAGAUUGUGUCCUCGACUACAUCCCACGUCACGUGAAGUACAUGGUAAGGGAACUCCUGAAGAACGCUUUCAGAUCAACGAUGGAAAGGCACCUAUCCAGGAGCACGACCACAGAUGCGCUGCCGCAUGUUGCAGUUGAAUUGCAGCAGGGAGACAUCCAUGUCAUUUUCAAGAUCUCUGACCAGGGUGGCGGCAUGCCAAAGCGCGUGCAACGUGAGGCCUGGCAAUAUGGCUGGACCACAGUGGAUUCCAGUAAGAGCUACAGCGAAGCCUUCCAGUAUGCAGAGGAAUCCUGCAGCUGGGACAGGGGCACCAAAGAGGCGACCGCGAACCAAAGUGGACAGAUGAGAACUGAGCUGGCUGGUUAUGGCUUUGGUCUCCCAUUGACUCGUUUGCAUGCUCAAUACUUUGGUGGCGACGUCUUCAUGCAAGCUUUGCCUGGUCAUGGGACAGAUUUGAUCCUGAUCCUGACCCACCUGAAAGCUGGGACCCCUUCGACUGAGAUUGAUGACUUGUCCACAUUGCUGUACAAAAAGGAAGGCAGGCGAGGCUUUGCGACGUGA